AUGACGUCCCCUCAAUGCGCAGCUGCAGUCCAGCACCUUUCCUCCUCGUCUUCCUCUUUGCCUGACAUUCAGCAUGCGAACCUCACGAUCGAACGCACGUCGUGUCCAAAGCCUAAACUGCCGAAAGAACAGCUUCAAUUCGGGAAAACCUUCACGGAUCACAUGCUCGAAGUGGACUGGGCACUGGGGAAAGGCUGGGGCAAGCCAGUGAUUCACCCGUACGGUCCCAUCUCCAUGGACCCAGCUAGUGCCGUUUUGCACUAUGCGCUCGAGUGCUUUGAAGGCAUGAAAGCCUAUGUGGACCCGAAAGGUCGGAUGCGACUCUUUCGUCCGGACAUGAACAUGAACCGACUGAACCGGUCCAUGAACCGGCUCUUACUGCCGACUUUUGACGGGGACGAGCUGAUCAAAUGUCUCAUGGAACUUGUCCAACUUGACAGAGACUGGGUCCCACAAGGGGAUGGGUACUCGCUGUACAUUCGACCGACGGGGAUUAGCACCCAAGCUUCUAUCGGGGUUGGCACAAGCGAAAGCGCGAAACUCUUUAUCAUCCUCUCGCCCGUCGGUCCCUAUUACCCUGAAGGCUUUAACCCCGUGCGAUUGUGCGCCACGGACCAUUACAUUCGAGCAUGGCCAGGCGGCACCGGUGGCUACAAAGUUGGGGCCAACUACGCGCCAGGGAUUCUGCCGCAAUAUGAUGCCAAUGCAAAGGGCUACUCGCAGAACUUGUGGCUCUUUGGCCCGGACCACGAGAUCACGGAAGUAGGCACGAUGAACCUCUUUAUCCACUGGAUCAACGAGCAAGGCGAGCAGGAACUCAUUACGCCGCCACUCACUCGUGGCGACAUCUUACCAGGCAUCACACGCGACUCGAUCUUGACCUUGACGCGCGAGUGGAACGAGUUCCAAGUCACCGAGGCCAAUGUCAACAUGAAGCAGCUACAAAAAGCCAGCAAAGAAGACCGUGUGCUUGAGAUCUUUGGCUCCGGCACAGCUGCUGUCGUCUCUCCUGUGUCCACCAUCAACUACAUGGACGAAGAUCUGGCGAUCCCGCUCACUGGCACAGACGGCAAAGCCGGGCGACUCGCUGAACGGAUCUGGAACGAGUUGUCUGACAUUCAGUAUGGCCGUCGCGACCAUCCGUGGUCCGUUAUAGUGGACUAA